UACAAGCUUAAAGCCUCAGUUUGGAUGUAUGGUUGCUAAGAUCACUGUGUGUUAUUGUCGUUUGAGGCAGUUAAUCUCAUAGUUUGUGUAUAUACAACUAGAAUAAUUCUUGUGUGUAUUUGUUUAGUAAAGAAGGCAUCACAUAAACUGUUUAUCAUAUAACAUUAAAUGACUUCUUCCAUACGCUUGACGGAUUGGUCCAUUGUGAUACUGUGAGGGACGAAAACAAACAACUGGUUCUGUGCGAUCUUUCUCGAAUGAUGCAUCAAAUAUCGUAGAGCGAAUUGUUGAUAAAUAUAUCACAACUCAUCAGAUUCCAGAUCUUUUCUGCAUACGUUAACAGACGUAUACAUUGUUUUACAGAAACGUGUUCAUUUUGUGAUCAGCUUAUAAGUGAACGAUAGAGGUUAGCGUCUGGCAGAGUUGAAGAAUUUGUAUCGUACAUUUUUUUUAUAGCUGUGCCAAAAGCGUAUGUUACACAACACGAAUGCUUUUGUGAAAUUGUACGGAAGCAUUGCUUUGUUACGACGCAAACUCUAAGCCUGAAGCGUGUUCUCUAGAGCUCUCAGUGGUUCCAAAUGACAAAUGCAAUGGGAGGAGCAAAUCUUCAUACACCCUCGUCCAUAUUUCAACACAUGAUGGGUCAACAAAGUACAUCACAAUCUGGGCCAUGGUUACAAAUGCCACAAGUGCCUCCAAUGUCAAUAUCAUGGAGUUUGCCAGCCAUGCAGCAACCUGAAUUAGUCAGAUUUACUGGUGGACCAAGUUUUGAACCUAUUGCCCACCAGAAGAGAAAACUUGAAACACCUGAUCUGUUGGAUAUGAGGCAGACAAAACAAUUCAUAACGGAAGAAAAAAUGGCUGCACAUUUCAAGGAUCUGCACAUUAGUUCUAGUUUUCAGUCACACUCUUCGGUAGCAUCAACUUCAACAGCUGGUAUACAACCAUCGAACCUCCCUAAGGAGCUGAACAUGGAACUAGACAUGGAUGCAGCUAAUGUUGUUGAUGCAGAUCAAGCAAAAUCUGGACAUCCCAGAUUGAUUCUAUCCGAAGAAUUAAAAAGACUCCAACAGGAACCCAUUCUUCCAUCUUCUUUGUUAUCCAAAUUAGAGAGGCCCUCCAUGGCUCUAGUUCUUUGGGAACCACCAAACAAACAUUUACGUAUUUUACCAACGCGAGAUACACCGACUCCUAUACCAAGUGCGUCCGAUGAUAACAAUAAUAAUAAUAAUAAUAAUAAUAAUAACAACAACAACAACAAUAAUGAAACUAUGUCUGAUCUAAAUCAAACAGUAUCAAGUAAUCGCUUAGUUUUUGAACCAAUGGAAUUAUGAAGGUAAUUCACUGGCAUAUUGCAUUCACAUUUUCGUAUACUGUUAGAAGAGGAAGAGGAAAAAGAAGAAGAAGGAUACGAUAUUGUGUUCUAAAAUGUAUGUAAAUUAGGUGAAAAAAAAAAAAAAAAAAUAUGUCAUACCUUAUAUUUUUUAUUCGAUACUGUUGUACUUGUGGAGCGUUGUAAAAUAAUAGGUAUGAAGCCUUCUUAUCGAAUGAAUUGGUUAACUAAUUAUUCAGUGAGGUUUUGUUACAAUUAUGUCUUUGAGUUAAAGAAAUAAAAAUACAAAAAUAGUCAUAA